UCUUUUUCACUUUUGACCAGCAAGAUGAAAAUCGGUUUGUGUGCAUUCAGCGGGUACAAAAUCUACCCCGGCCAUGGCAAGACCAUGGUCAAAGUUGAUGGCAAGUCCUUCACCUUCCUGGACAAGAAGUGCGAGCGCUCCUUCCUGAUGAAGCGCAAUCCACGCAAGGUUACUUGGACCGUGCUGUACCGUCGCAAGCACCGCAAGGGUAUUGAGGAGGAGGCCUCCAAGAAGCGCACUCGCCGCACACAAAAGUUCCAGCGCGCCAUUGUCGGUGCUUCGCUGGCCGAGAUCAUGGCUAAGCGCAACAUGAAGCCCGAAGUGCGUAAGGCACAGCGCGACCAGGCCAUUAAGGUGGCUAAGGAAACAAAGCGCGCCGCCAAGGCUGCCAAGAAGGCAGCUGCACCAGCGCCCGCCAAGAAAUCUGCACCCAAGCAGAAGGCCAGCAAGGUCACGCAAAAGUCUGCUCCUCGCGUCGGUGGCAAGCGGUAAACAACAACAACAAAGUGACUGUGCUACAGUUUUUUAAAAGAAAACGAUUUAAGGAAAUUAUAGUGGAAAACCAACAAUUAAAAUCCAUAGCUGCGAAUGAAAAUUCGUGGUGAAAAAAAAAACAAAA